AUGGGGACGGACCAGGUAGAGGGUUUCGUGGAGCCCGCUCCCACGCCUGCCACUGCCGAUGAUGCGUGUAGCGUGCCCAUAGCCGCCUACCAGCUGCACUGCCGGCAACUGCGGUGCUGCUGGCGUGGCGAGUGCGAUGGAGGCGUUGCUGGCGCCGAGCAGCGGGGGAUGCAGGGUCACUGUCCCGUGGCUCGUCAUGGUCACUCGCUCACGGAAAUAGAGCCUGAUAUGCUGUUUCUUUUUGGUGGCGUUUCGCGGAGUGGGGAGUGCUUAAAUGAUGUGUGGGUGCUGCAGCUCACGGAAGCGGAGGUGGGGUUCACGCAACUUCGGGCUACCGGGGAUGUNCCGUGUGGCAGGUUUGGCCACACCGCACACCGUAUGCUUAACGGCAGUGGUGUCAUUAUUUUCGGCGGUUCUGACGACACGACGUGGUUUGGUGACCUUUACGUUGUUUCUACCAUUGAGCUUGUGGACUUGCAGUCCGUUGGGUUUCGCCGAGUUGACGCGUGUACAGCCCCGCCGACUGUGCACGACGUCUCGCUGCCUUCAGCGUCUGACACCGCGCCAGUCCCUACCAGGUCUUCGUGGCCAAGUGCUCGUCGCUCGCAUACGUUAACGCCCACGGCAGACGGAGAAGCGGUGUUGUUUGGUGGUCACUCUGUAAUCUCCGUCAAUGAUGUCUGGCUGCUGGACGAAAGAACGUUUGAGUGGCGGCGCGUGGAGACUCGCGGAACGGACCCGCAUGAUCCUAUCGCAGACACACCGGUAUCGCGCUACUGCCACACCGCCGUUGUUUAUCCGGCGCCGUCGUUGCACAGGGACAACGACAGCAGCCGUGGAGCAGGUGUACGGAGAUGUUUGUAUGUCUUUGGCGGGUGUCUCUUCUCUCCGAUGGGUGACAACGUCCUGUGGGAGUUGAAUCUCGCGACGUUUGUCUGGCGGG